CUCAACGAUUCUAUGAAAAUCAUUAUUUUUUAAAAGAGCUGUUCCUCUUCAUGAUCCCACGGACCGCGCCCGUAACACGUCAUUAGCGGGGUCCAGGCCACACGCUCAGCAAACGUCCGUUCGGCCUCGUGGACAUAUCGCCAGCAAGGAGCCCGGCUGUGUGUAAAUCACUUUCGAAGCUGUCGUUGCCGCUAGACGCAUCUUCCGGGGGGGAGAUUGGCUCCCGACUGUCUGUCAAGUGCAUCUCAAGGGGUGUGCGGGAUGUCAUUUUAGAACUUCCCGUCGAGCGCACAUAGCUGCUGCCUUCACUUCCUCUUCCGUCACUAGCAUGACGAUUUCCACGCGCAUCCGUAGCGAGCUGUUCACAACGACCAAGCCGAGCGUUGACAUUGAGCCUGCGAGUCCGCAGCUCAUCCGGCUACCGCUCACUCGACCACCAGAUGCGCCCAACAAGAGCAAGAACACCAACAAGAAAAGUAAAAAGCCAACGAAGUACAAGGUGAAGGUUGAACCGGGCGAUCGACAAACGCCGCAUCGCCACGGUUUGCCCUGGACGACCGACGAGCACGACCGGUUCUUACAGGGACUAGAGCGCUACCCGUGUGGUCCGUGGAAAGCCAUCGCCGCCUUCGUGGGCACCCGUACGCCACGCCAGACCAUGACGCAUGCGCAAAAGUACCGCCAGAAGAUCCAACGUCGCCGUCGCGGGCUCUUGACGUCUUCACGGCAACCGGUGCCCGUGACGUCGGAGCUGUACGGCGGACUCACGAUCGCCGCUAACGUUACAGACUGCGAUACAGUUGCAGGCACGCCGACGUCGGUGGACGUCGCUGUACUAAAAUCGACCAACCAGAUGGCUCCACUCGAGAGUAACUGGUUCGACAAGGUGGAGGUUUGUGAGCUAGACGCAGCGUUUCAAGCGUUCCUCGAGGUCUACGACCCCAUUCAAUUCCCCAUUGACGACGGCAUUAGUGCCGUCAGUGCGUUCAGUGUCGACGUUGACUGCAACGUCUCCAUGGAUGAUGGCGCAUCCAUCGUGCUGUAAAGAUUACUACAAUUUGCUUGUCAAUAGCAAUACCGUAACUGUAACUAUAAGUAAAAUCAUUGGUUGAAAUUAGAUCCAAACAGCAUUCCAUUGGUUGAAAAAAUCG